AUGGCGAGCUUGAGCUUCCUUUUAUUCUCUUUCGCUAUCUUCUCUUUCUCUUUCUCUGCCAUUGCAUAUCCUGGAACCAUCAGCAAUGCCAGUGAGAUCCUCUCAUAUUCCGGCUUCCUUUCCAUGGCACUGACUCUCGAAGUCAUCUCCACUUCUCUGAAGCUUGAAUCCCAGAAACUCACCGUUUUCGCCCCGUCGGAUCUUGCUUUUGUCCGAUCAGGCCAACCUUCUCUUCUCAAGCUCCAGUGCCAUAUCUCUCCGACAAGACUCCCUCAACAAAGCCUCAGGACUCUUCGUUACGGAGCAAGAAUACCCACUCUGCUUUCCAACUAUUCACUGAUAGUCACGGCUUCUUCCGGUAAUUUGACAAUUAACGGUGUUCUGGUUAAGGAGUCUGCCAUUUUUUAUGAUGGGUCGAUGGUGAUUUACGGGGUGGAUGAGUUUUUCAGGCCUGAAUUUCAGUUCGAUCUUCCUAGUCCUAACCCAGCGCCAGAACCCAGUCCUGGUUUGACAAAUUGCUCAUCUCUCGGCGGUGAGUUUAAUGGAACAUCUGGGUAUGGUGAGGAUCUUUUCGGUGAAGCUUCGGGUUUAUUGAUUUCUAGGGGAUAUGCUGUAAUGGGUACAUUUCUUGAUGCUCAACUAGUAGUAGGGUCCAUUAACGAGACAAGAUUAACAGUAUUUGCACCAAUUGAUGAAGCAAUGACGGAGCGUGCAACAAUGUUUGCUAACUAUUCGACGAUAUUCCGAGCACACGUUGUUCCAAACUUGCUUUCAUGGAAAGACCUGAGUGGCCUCGGUGAUGGGACAACUCUUGCAACUGCUUCACGAGGAUUCGCGAUCAACCUGACUUGGUCUGGUGAUAUUCUUCUGCUCAACGGUGUCCCUCUGAUCUUCCCUGACUUGUAUCGAAGCGACUGGCUUGCGGUGCAUGGCCUUAAUCGAUUGAUUACUUUACCAAAAAAGCCAGAGUUGGUGGGUGAGUCUUUCUCUGGAUUUGAUUAUGGAGAAGAUGACGAGCAGUUAGUUCCUGCAGAUUAUGGUGAAUAUGGGACGUGAUAAAAGAAGGAUUACCAGGCGUUUUGCUCUACU